AUGAGUGCAGAGCAGCAGAAGAGCAGCAUUGGCUACCUCCUCAACCCGUACCCGCCGCCGCCGACCUUCCUCGGCCGGCGCGACGCCGCCAUCCAAGACGCCGUCCAAGCGCUCAUUGACGAGGAGUUCAACCACGUCACUUGGUCCAAGCCGCUCUCGGUCCAGCGCAACCGGUGCUCGGUCGACGGCUGCACGACCGCGGCCGUGAGCAAGUCGCUCUGCGUCCGCCACGGCGGCGGCACACGCUGCUCCGAGCCCGGCUGCACCAAGCGAACCAAGCGCCACAACCGAUGUUACCUACACGGCGGCUAUGUCCUCUGCAACAUUGCAGGAUGCACGAGCAAGGCCAAGCGUCACGGCGUCUGCUGGGCCCACGGCGGCGGAGCACCUUGCCGGCACCUCGACUGUCCCAAGCUCGCUGCCAAAGGCGGCUUGUGCUGGACGCACGGCGGCGGCCACCGCUGCCACGCGGCGGGCUGCGACCGGCGGGCAUACAAGCGGCAAAAUUUUCUCUGUGACGCCCACGCCGUCCGCAACUAG